GCGGCCGGGCGCAUUUCGCCGGCCGGCGCCGUCGCGUGCAGGACAGGUCUCUUCGCCCGCGCCGCCCCCACGAUGUCCGGCCGAGGGAAAGCUAGCAGCAAGCUCCGCGCCAAGGCCAAAUCCCGCUCGUCCCGGGCCGGCCUGCAGUUCCCCGUGGGCCGGGUGCACCGCCUGCUGCGCAAGGGCAACUACGCCGAGCGGGUGGGCGCCGGGGCCCCCGUCUACCUGGCCGCCGUGCUCGAGUACCUGUCGGCCGAGAUCCUGGAGCUGGCGGGCAACGCGGCCCGGGACAACAAGAAGACGCGCAUCAUCCCGCGGCACCUGCAGCUGGCCAUCCGCAACGACGAGGAGCUCAACAAGCUGCUGGGCGGCGUCACCAUCGCGCAGGGCGGCGUCCUGCCCAACAUCCAGGCCGUGCUGCUGCCCAAGAAGAACCUGGGCUCCAAGAAGUCCCCGUCCGAAUGGGCGGCCGGGUCUCCAAAUUAGAUUCCGCCUGCCAGGAGGUCGUCGCCUUCAGCGGAACCAGAUGAGGAUACCUUCCUCCAGUAUGCUGAAUUUGACAAGAGGCACCUUCUCACGCUAUCUUCCUGUGAUUGAUGUUUUGUCCCUCUUUGGUGGCCUGUGCCUUUUGAGAUAACUGUGCUUGUGGGAGACAAAUUGGUGUUCCUAAAAUCUGAUUAAACUUGUUUCAACCAA